GCACGUGCGUUUGUUUUGAUUGCGCUGCCUGUGUGCUUGGCUCGGUUGUUAAUGUUGUUUUGUAUCGCAUCGUGAAAUUCGGAAUUUAGAUUUCGAGUUGUAUUGAAUCUAAUUUUUUAAAUUAGAAAAACACAUUUUUUCUGUGAGAUUCUGUAACACAAUACCGGUAAACAUGGAUAUAAUGUUAAGCAAUUUCGUUACCAGCGACGAGCCGAAAAGGGAGAAGAAAAAAAGUAAAUCUUUCGGUGGGUCGGAUGGCGGUGGAACGUUUUCAAUGGUGUUUAACAAAACCCAACCCGUUAAGGCUUUUGUUGCCAGAAAACGAGUUUUACCGGUACAAGUCGAUACCAAGAGAACCAUCAAGACAGUGGUACAAACAGUGAAUAAACAAGACAAAAUCGUUCUGGAGAAACCCGUUCAGACAUCGGAAGUGAUUAAAUCAAGCAAACCAAAUGAUAAUCUGGACUUGAAAGUAACCCGAAAGCCGGAUCGAAAAAAACUCGAACCAGAUGGAAAAUUUUCUCUCAGUGAUGAGUUUAAAAAAAUUAAAUCCAACCGUAAAACAAACAUGUUCGAUCGUAUGAAAACGCAAAUGCCCAAAGUGGACCUCCCGGAGGUGCAUCCGUUGACGGAGAAAGUUUUCAGCGAUGUUGCCAUUGAAUCACUGUCGAUUCACUCGCACCAAAAGAAGAAUAUUGCCGAUCUGCUUGGGUUUCAUAACUUGACGGUCGUGCAGAAUUUAUCCAUUCCAAAAAUCCUCGAUGGACGGGACGUUCUAAUCCGAGCGCAGACUGGCUCUGGCAAAACGUUGGCUUACGCAUUACCGCUCGUAGAGCAGCUGCACUCGCGGGAGGUACGAAUUUCGCGCACGGAUGGCAUCCUGGCCGUUGUGAUAGUUCCCACCAGGGAGCUCGCUCUCCAGACGUACGAAUUGUUUGUGAAGUUGCUUAAACCGUAUACUUGGAUCGUAUCCGGUUACCUGUGCGGAGGAGAAAAGCGAAAGGCAGAAAAGGCACGGCUGAGGGCCGGGUUAAAUAUUUUGAUUGGUACUCCGGGGCGUUUUUGUGAUCAUAUUAAAAAUACGGAGUCGAUGAAACUAAACUCGGUGAGGUAUUUAAUUUUGGACGAAGCUGAUCGAAUGUUGGAAUUGGGUUAUGAAAAGGAUAUAAAACAGAUCGUGGAAUCGAUUAAAAGUUCUAGUGAUGAGACGCAGGAGCAGGGAAAAGGCGUUCAAACGAUACUUCUAUCUGCCACGUUAACCCAUUCGGUGAAAGAACUGGCUGGUUUGACUUUAUCUGAUCCGGUUUAUGUGGAUACAAGUGAUAUUGCUGUGAAAAGACAGUUUGAUAGUAUACCAGUGGAUGAUAUGGAAGAACGAAUCACCAUUCCAGCCACGGUGAGGCAAAGCUAUUUAGUAGUACCUCCAAAGUUACGAUUGGUGAGCCUUAGCGGACUGUUAGCUUACGAACUGAACAGAAAAGUCUCUAAGGCUUUGGUUUUUCUGGCCACUCAGGACUUGGUGGAUUAUCACUAUGACGUUAUGGUGGAAGUGCUAACGCAAAAGAAACCCGAUUCGGACAACGAAAAAGACUCGGAAGAGGAUGAUAGUGAAUCCGAGUCAGAGCCGGACCAAAAUGAAAAUGAAGCGGUCCUUCUGCCAAACGUUAACUUUUUCAAACUGCACGGCAAAAUGACCCAAAUUGAAAGAAGCUCGGUAUUUCGAGAAUAUCGUAAUUCUAAAUCGGCUAUUUUGCUCUGUACCGACGUCGUUGCUCGGGGAAUCGAUGUACCGAGUGUUGAUUUGGUUAUCCAAUAUCACGCGCCACAAUUGCUAGCCGACUAUGUGCAUCGUGUGGGUCGAACGGCCCGUGCCGGUCAAAGUGGGAAGGCUGUACUGUUCCUGGAACCAUCCGAAGUGGACUUCGCUAAAUAUCUAGCUGGCAAACAGAUAAAGCUUUUGGAGGAAAAGAUGGACCCGAUAUUCAGCCGAAUCGGUGAACUGCUGAAUGCGCCGGCAGCCCGGAAACACAAAAACCGGGAACAGGCAUCCAUCGAGCUGCAGCACCGAUAUGAAAGGCUAGUUACGACGGAAAAGGAACUCUACGCUCGGGCUUGUAAAGCGUUCGUUUCCUGGGUGCGAUACUAUUCAAACUUUCCGAAAGAGUUGCGGCGAAUCUUUGCCAUCAAAGCAGUCAACAUGGGUCACUACGCUAAGUGCCUUGGGCUCCGGGAUCCACCGAAGCAGCUAGUGCGACAACAACAUUCGGGCCCUAAUGAUGAGAAAGGCUCAGAUAAAACCAGUCGGAAGUUUGCUAGUAAAGGACCUCGUAAAGGAACCACCAUCCAAAAACGUUCAAAGAUAACCGCAGCAAAGCGCCCUUUUGCUGCCAUGACUUAUUCCACUGCCGCAUCAAACGGAUUCGGUAAACGUCGUGCAUUGGACAACGAUCAGCGUCAGCGCCACAAGGAUCUCGCCGGCUUCGCUCAAUCCUCGCGGAUGGUUAACAUGUCCGAGUUUGACAGUGGCCUAACGCAGCCAGCCAGAAAGAAAGCAAGAAAAUAGGCUGGCUGCCGACACCCCCGCGGGACCGCAAGAUCGUUUCCGAUGGAUACGUGCACCGUUUUGUACAUAUAGAACAAAAAGCAGCACUCUUCGCGCAAAUAUUGGUUUUUCCUUUUUUUUUUUUCCUCCCAGCCCGUACGGCUGGGUAAUGAUUCGCAUUACAGAAAUAAAUUAAGACAAACAAC